AUGAUCUUCCAACAACUCGGACAACUAGUCAGAUGGAGCUGGGGAUAUCAUGUUCUGCUUGCUCCAAAAGACAAGUAUGAGGAGUACAACAACGAAUCUGUUGAGGAGGGCAGGUUUGGAGGUGAUGCCAUUGGUACCGAAGAGACGGAAGGUCUGAUCGAAGGAAUGGAUGGCCAUGGUGAUGAUGAAUAUCAUGAUCAUAGUGCUGUUGGAUCUGAUGACUCGGAAGCUUAUGAGCCUGCCGGACGGACUCCAAUUGUUUCACGAUCACGGACAUCUCUCAAUGGAUCUGAGAAUGGAGGCUACGAAACGCCUAAGAAACAAAACGGCCUCAACGGUCAUGGCAAUGGCAGUGCAUACCCACUGCCAGAGGAGGAAGACGACCUCGAUGAUGGGAUAUUAUCCUUCCCGCGCAUUCGUCAACCCGACGAGCCAGAAAUCCCCUCUGGGAUCAAAGGAAUUCCCACGAGAACGAAGCUUCUGUGCAAGAGAACCGGCGCGUCCGUCGCAAAGAGGUUCAAAAAGCUGGCCCAUCGCAUCUAUUCCAGCUUGCCACGUCCCGUUCAGAUUUCUAUCAACGUUCUUUACCGGGCCUGGAUUCGUGUUUACGCAUUUCUCUGGGAUUUCAUGAAUCCGCCCUUGUGGGCUAUGCUUAUAGCGGUCGUCGUUGCCUCGGUUCCUGACCUACAGCGUCUCUUCUUUGAGGAGGGCUCCUUCCUCAAAAACUCCGUCACUAGCGCAGUCACCCAAAGUGCUGGUGUGGCAGUGCCCCUUAUCCUGGUUGUUCUAGGAGCGAAUCUUGCUAGAAACACACAGAAGCGCGAAGGAACUGACCCGGAGGAGGCACAGAUUGGCACACGUCUACUCGUCGCCUCGCUCAUCUGUCGCAUGCUGCUUCCAACCAUUAUCAUGGCUCCGAUCUUGGCAAUCUUCGCCAAGUAUGUCCCGGUCAGCAUCUUGGACGACCCGAUUUUCGUCAUUGUGUGCUUCUUACUUACUGGAGCACCGAGUGCGCUCCAGCUGGCGCAAAUCUGCCAGAUCAACAGCGUUUACGAGAACGUCAUGUCCAGGAUCCUUUUUCAAAGCUACGUCAUCUGGUAA